AUGGUUCAUAUCUCUUUCGCUACCUUGACCGUCAUCGCCGGCGUCCUUGCCCAAACCGCGCUCGCUGCACCUUCUGAAAAACGGGCAGCCAGCUGCUCGUUCCCGAACCCAUCUUCAUCCACCGACGUCAAGUUCGAUGCCGCUCGCACCAUCAAGGCCGGCGAGUCCUUUGACGGCAAGAACCUCCGCUACCACCGCGGUGUCACAUGCGGUGGCCAGAAGGAAGGUGGCGACAAGGAUGCUGUCUUCCUGCUCGAGUCCGGCGCUACCCUAUCCAAUGCCGUGAUCGGCAAAAACCAAAACGAGGGCGUCCACUGCAAGGGACCUUGCACCAUCCGCAACGUCUGGUUCGAGGACGUAUGCGAGGACGCAAUCACCAUCAGGCAGAGCUCCGGUACGACCACCAUCACCGGCGGAGGCGCCAAGAACGCCGACGACAAGGUCAUUCAGCACAACGGGGGAGGUCUUGUCAAGAUCGACUCGUACUGCGUCCAGGACUUCGGCAAGCUCUAUCGAUCGUGCGGCAACUGCAGCACGCAGGUGAAGCGCGAGGUGCAGAUCAGCAACAUCAUCGCUCGCAACGGCAAGGUGCUCGCAGGCGUGAACUCGAACUACGGGGAUGUAGCGACGAUCGACACGAAGACGAACUCGUACACAAGCGUCAAGUCGAUCUGCAACACGUACCAGGGCAACGACAAGAGCCAGGAGCCUCCUAUGCUGACGGAGAACAAGUCGAAUGCCAAUAACCACUUUGCUAAGCCGUCUGUGCCACGUGACAUUACACACGUCCCUGGAGCUGAUGAUCGAAAUUCGAACGCGCCUUCCCGCCACCAUUAUACCAUGUUAUCACUCCAUCCAAACGAAAAGCUGGAGAAGGCGAGGAGCCCAAUGGGAAGAGCGAAAGAAGAACCAAACUCAGCAAAUACUUCAUACGCCAAAAAGAUCUAUUACCAAGUACUCUGGUUCGUUGCCUCGGAUCUGGUUUGGACAACUACUGACGGCGAGAUGCAGGAGAGCCCCCAGACAAAAAAGCACAAGACCUGGGAUGGCGACGGUGUAAUAGUCAUUACUGGUUCAACCUAUGAGCUUCUGGAUGAGGAGGCUAAGACCCUCGGUAGCGGGAAGAUUCUUGGGGAGCUCGUAGAGGGGGCGGAAAUUAAACUUGGUGGCAGAGAGGUACAAAUAGAGAGGGAGGUUCCUGCCACAGAGUUCUUGUCUGGUAAGAUAUUCGGCGGGAAUGCGUCAUCGUAUCAACCGGCCGCAAAGUCGGUCACUCUCAACCCUCGUCAAAGUGGCUUUGUCGCACCAAAGUUCAACACUCCUCGACUGUCCAAUGCGGCUAAAGCUAUUCCAGAUGCGAAGGGCAAAGGCGUAGAUCGCACAAAUACCCAAGCGAAGCCGGCUGCAGCCCCACCUCAAUCUGUGGUAUCGGCCGCAGGUCUGUAUUGGACUGCUAAUUGGCGCCGCCCACAGGCCCGCAAGCACAAAGUAUGGGAGGGAUCAGGGGCUAUUUCGCUGGCCGACGGCCAGCUGAAGCUGGUGAACGAGGAAGGACAUACUGUUGGAGUCAAGGCUUGGAAGGGGGACCCACCAGAUUUUGGGGACGUGAUUAUCGUUGGAGGGCAUGAAGCGGAAAUCGACGCGCCUCUGUCCAGCGUUGAAUACGCAGCAUCAUUUAGGCCCCCUACAGUUCGCGUGGUCUCGGUCGAAGGGACAGGCGAGGAUGCCAUUGACGGUGCACCGGCGGCGGAAAUCGACCUUACAUAUGAGUGUCCCCGGUCAAGAGCAAAUCUCCUGCCAAGAAUGGCACAACUCGCCCUUUACUGGGCACCUCUUUCCAAAUUCUCUAUCAAUGCGACACGUAAACCAACCAAUCGUGCGUUCAGGCCACCCACGAUGAAGACCGUCGAAACUGGAGCGCAAACGACAGACCAAGAAACACAAAUCAUGGGAAGGCUCGGAAUCGUCGAACUUACCAACAAUACGAUGAAGCUUUACAAUGACAAGGGCCGCCUGCUCAAGACGAUGAGGUGGAAGUCCGAGGUGCCACUCACUGGUGUCACCUUUUCGAUAGACAAUCUCGAAGUGGAACUUCAGACUCCAGUGCCUAUGGAAGACCUCGAAUCAAAGACCUGCUUCGAGCCUGGGUACUCGCCCCCCGGAACAUCGACCAGCCUGGCACCUAUCGCCGCCAAUUCCACUUAUGUUGCUCCUCGUUCGUUCUAUGCUGCUCCAGAGAAGAAAGAGAAGCCCCCUGGCCCUUUGUACGACCCGGAUGCAGAUGGAGCUCUUGUCAUGCCAACUCCGAAUGAGGCACACCAGAAGAAAUAUAACACCAAAAACCUCCCGGUAGUGCCAGUAGUAGUCGAUCCGAUGCUAACUAAAUUUUUGCGUCCUCAUCAACGAGAAGGCCAGAACCCGUACUACAGCCCAUCAGGCGCUGUGCCAGGGGUAAUUGGAAAGGCAUUAAUUGUGUGCCCAGUGUCGUUAGUCAAUAACUGGAGAAAAGAGUUCAUAAAAUGGCUUGGUCGAGACCGCCUUAGGGUAUUCGUGGGAGACAAGGACAAGAACAAUAUCAAACAAUUUAUGAACUCGAGAAUACACCACGUGCUGAUUAUUGGCUAUGAGAAGCUUCGAACGGUCAUCGACGAUUUAACUUACUGCACCCCGCCUAUUGGACUUAUUGUUUGCGACGAAGGUCACCGUCUCAAGUCUGCUCAAGCUAAAACUACCAAAAUGUUCGAAGCCCUAAAACGAACACCUCGACGAAUAAUUUUGUCAGGUACACCUAUUCAGAAUGAUUUGGGCGAGUUUCAUGCUAUGGCAGAUUUUUGUAAUUCCGGGAUGCUUGAGGAGUACCCGCGCUUUCGUAGAAUUUACGAAACGCCUAUUUUGAAGAGUCGGUCUCCCGAAGCGAGUGCAAAAGAUAUCGAGCUCGGGGCGGCACGAGCUGCGCAGCUCAAUGAGCUCGCCAAAUCAUUUGUGUUGAGAAGGACCGCAGAUAUCCUUACCAACUACCUCCCUCCUAAAACCGAAUACGUCUUGUUCGUACAGCCUACGGCACUACAGCUGUCGGUCUUUCAAAAGAUCCUUCGCCCGACCAUGUUCAAGAUUUGUCCGAUUAUGCUUGCCAAACCGGACAAAGGCGCUGGUGCCGAAAAUGGGAAGACGACCCGGACACUUGUUCAGGAAGCUUUGGGGCUUUUACCGCCUGGGGCAGCUCCGGAUGACAUUACUUUGAGUGGUAAACUAAUUGCACUUGCCACUCUUCUUAAACAGUUGCGACAAACAACAGAAGAGAAAUGUAUACUCGUAUCUCACUACACGUCGACACUGAACAUUGUGGAGGCAUACUGCCGUAGCGUGUAUUAUACCUAUAGUCGUUUGGAUGGCUCCACUGCAGUGACCAAACGCCAGCAACUUGUUGACGAAUUUAACCAAGCCAAGCAGUCGAAAAUUUUUAUUUCUCCUGAGCGCGAAAGCGGGCGGCGUUGGGCUGAAUUUAAUUGGUGCUUCCCGGUUAAUCCUAAUCGACAGCGACUGGAAUCCUUCCCACGACCUACAGUCGAUGGCUCGGAUUCAUCGUGA